AGUUAAGCUACCUGCCGGGCCGGCCCCUUGGCUCCACCUCGGUGCGAGGGGAGGGAAAAGGGAAAAAGAAAAAAAAAUAAUGCAAAACCGGGGAAAGAGGAAAAGGAAGAAGGCAGAGCUCACGGACUUCGUCCCGCUCCCAGCAUGUUCCAGUGGAGUGGGGCUAAUGGAGGACAUCACUGCUCUAUGCCGCUGGGUCCCGGAGAGGUCGGGGCUGCCCGGGGGAUCCCACGCUGCCUUCGCUUUGGGCACAUUCCUGCAGUGCACACUCACAGCUGCGGGCAGCUCCUGUUUUCCUGCUCCACCGCGUCCUUAUCGCGGUUUCUUUGUUCUGUGCUCGGACUCCCAGCUGCUAACCUCAAGGAUGUUGCUGCAGGUUCCCAGGCAGCCUCUCGGAGGAAGACCAUCUACAAAACAGUCUGCCUGUGCUUCCUGCUGCUGAUCACGGUGACGGUGCUGCAGCGGGGAAUGGCCCCCAACCAGUUCCUGCAGGGCCAGCAGCAGAAGGAACUGCCUACAGUGGAGCCGCUAAAAACGCAGAAGAGAGACGGCGCCUUCUCCAUCACCAACACCUUCUGGAAAAGCAAAAAUGAGAAAGCUCCGGGCAAGGAGGAAGAGGGAGGCAUGACGGAAAGGCACAUGAAAUCCUGGGACAUCACCACUACCAACUGCUCGGCCAACCAGAACUUGAGCAAGGUGGAUUGGUUCAGAGGGCUGGAACCCAACUUCCAGCAGUUCCUGCUCUACCGGCACUGCCGCUACUUCCCCAUGCUCAUCAACCACCCCGAGAAGUGCAGCGGGGACGUCUACCUGCUCAUCGUGGUCAAGUCCAUCAUCACGCAGCACGACCGCCGCGAGGCCAUCCGGAGGACGUGGGGCAAAGAGAAGGAGGUGGAAGGCAAGAAGGUCAGGACGCUCUUCCUAUUGGGCACGGCCUCCAAGGAGGAGGAAAGAGACAACUACCAGAAGCUGCUGGAUUACGAGAACCACAUCUACGGGGACAUCUUGCAGUGGGAUUUCCUGGACAGCUUCUUCAAUCUCACCCUCAAAGAGGUCCACUUCUUGAAGUGGUUGAACAUCUACUGCGACAACGUCCACUUCAUCUUCAAAGGCGACGAUGACGUAUUUGUGAGCCCCGACAACAUCCUGGAGUUCCUGGAGGACAAGAAGGAGGGAGAGGACCUCUUUGUGGGGGACGUCCUCUACAAAGCCAGGCCAAUCCGGAAGAAGGAGAACAAGUACUACAUCCCCAGUGCUCUCUACAACAAAAGCAUCUACCCGCCCUAUGCGGGUGGUGGAGGCUUCGUCAUGGAUGGACCGUUGGCCAAGAGGCUGCACAAGGCCUCAGAGACGCUGGAGCUGUACCCCAUCGACGACGUCUUCCUAGGGAUGUGCUUGGAGGUCCUCAAGGUAUCGCCCGUUGGGCACGAGGGCUUCAAAACGUUCGGCAUCGUGAAGAACAAGAACAGCAAGAUGAACAAGGAGCCGUGUUUCUUCAGGAGUAUGUUGGUGGUUCACAAACUGUUGCCUCCAGAUUUGAUCCAAAUGUGGGACUUGGUGCACAGUAACUUGACGUGCUCGAGGAAACUCAAUGUCCUUUAGCUCGUUCUCUCUGGAGAGCUGGGACUGAGUGGGGACACAACGAGCGGGACGCAAUGAGCCCCUGCUUGUGGCACGGGCAGGGCUUGUGAUGGUGUUCGCUCCUGUACUGUAAUGUGGUUCGCCUAUCUCCAGCUGGGUUGGGGGUUACUGAAAAUGAAGAAAGAAAAAAAAAAAAAAAGAGAAACCCUAGCACAAAGUGGAAAGGGAAAGAGAGAGAGGAAAGAGGGGUCUGCACCCUGCAAUAGGUACCACCUCCAGGUGGGGCCGGGGGAGGCAGGAGGGGAUUUGUGCGGGAUGUUCAGGGUCUGGCUACCCAGGAAAGCUGCUCCAAGGGGGUCAAGUGGUCUGUGUGCACAUGAACACUGCUCAGAAACGAAGGGGAUUGUAUUUGUACCUGAAACGCCUCCUCCGUGGUGAGUCAUCGGGGGGGACAUGGGGUGGGCAUGCUCUGCUGUUGCCAAGUGCAGGGUUGCGCACCCACGUGUCCCCGUGUGCUGUGGACGUGCACAGCCACAUCCACGGCCCUAACACGCAUGGCAAAGUACGCACAUGUGUGUGCUCGCUCUCUUCUCUCUCUCUCUCCUUCUCUGGUGCCAGACAUUGAAAGGAAAAAAUUUCUACUACCUCAAAGGUCCCCCUGUGCAGUGCCUUUUUAUUUUUUUCCCCCCCCUCCUUUUCUUAAUGUGUUUUGGAAAAGUGCCUGUUUCAUUCACUCCAAGUCUGUAUGUUCCCCAGGUUAGAAAACAAACAAGAAGGGAUGCACAGCAGCCAAAGGAGCCACCGUGGUGCCAAGCCGCACCACUUCUCCUCCGCAAAUACCCCUCGUCUGCUGGGACGAGCUGCAGAUUGGAAGAGAAAAAAGAGCCCAGCAGUGCCCUGGGCUCAGCCGUUGGUGGCAGCGCUGGGGGCUAAACGGUGACAUUUGGUGACGGCUGCUUUGUGGUGAUGUUUCAUUUAUGGUGACGUUGAUUUACAACGCACCCAAAGGAGCCACAGCCCUGGGAACCCGUGGGACAGAGCCUGAGGGCACCGCUGGGCACAGGGCUCGCGGCCGUUCCCCAUCCUCCGGUGGGUUCAGAAGCACUUCAAGAGGUGACAGCUCUGUCCUUAGUGUUGGGUACAGCUGUGCGCUCAGCCCAUAGAGCCACACAGAGCCGCACGCAGAGAUCUGUCUGUGCUGCUCUUCACCUGGAGGGGAACAGAGGAACCGUGCAGAUGUGGUGAAUAUUUGAGUUUCUAAAUAAAAGUUAAAAGAAG